AUCAAUGGGAGGAGCGGUGAGUGCGGGCGAAGACAACGACGAGUUGAUAGACAACUUGGUUGAAGCGGAUUAUAUAAAGUCGCUUAAAAUCGAGAGUAUCUUCCGAGCGGUGGAUCGGGCCUCGUAUUACGCGGACGGAUGCGCUGAGAAUGCCUACCGAGACCUGGCGUGGAAACACGGAAAUCUACACCUCUCUGCUCCGUGUAUUUACUCCGAAGUGAUGGAAGCGCUUGACUUAGAGCCGGGCCUAUCGUUUCUGAAUCUGGGCAGUGGUACGGGAUAUUUGAGUACAAUGGUUGGCCUCAUUCUGGGCCCCUAUGGUGUCAGCCAUGGCGUUGAGCUACACGAAGAUGUGGUCGAUUACGCAAAUGAAAAGUUGUAUAAAUUUCGGUUAAGUUCUCCGGCUAUCGAUAAAUACGAGUUUUGCGAACCAAAGUUCAGAGUUGGGAACUGUCUUCUCAUCGACACGGCAUCGAUGAGACAAUACGAUAGAGUCUAUUGCGGCGCCUCCUGUCCUCCCGAACACGAGAAUUAUAUGAAAAACCUGAUUAAAGUCGGAGGCAUUCUUAUUAUGCCAUUGAAUGAACAUUUGCUUCAAAUACGGCGAACAUCUGACACCUCUUGGAUUGUCAAAUCUGUACUUCCGGUCUCUUUCGCCCCUUUGGUUACGCCCACACAUAACAGCGCCUUUAAAUCAGUUAAAUUACCUGAUUUGGAACCGCUUUCCCUCAAAGAAAUGUGUCGUUCGGUUAUAAGAACUCAUUUACGUAAGAAAGCGGAAGCAGAGCAGCCAUCCAUCACUUUGAAGAAUGUCUGCAAAAACAGAAAAAUGUCUAAAAAGAUUAGAAACAGUGAAAGAGGAAGACGUCCGCCGCGAAGAACUAAUCGUCGAGUAAUUAUUCCCAUCUUUGAAGAGAAUGAUGCGAUGAGUGACGACACCAAUAGUACAUCAAACCAAAGACACACUAAUGGCGACAACUCUAAUGACUCGUUCUCGAGCCGUAAAGAACUAAUCGUCGAUGACGACACCAAUAGUACAUCAAACCAAAGACACACUAAUGGCGACAACUCUAAUGACUCGUUCUCGAGCCGUGUUGUGGCGGCCGCCGCCUCUUCAUUGUCUGCUGUCUUUCAACAAGUGGUUAAUAAUCGCGAUUCGGAUAAUAAUUUAACUGAUAUUUCGGAACCAAAUGAUCAAACGGGUCGACAAGAAUCAGUUGAUAAUGAGGUGAGAGUUGAGGAAAGACAUCGAAACCAAAUGGAUUUGGAGGAUAAUAACGAAGAAGACACGACCGAAGCCAAUACCGAAACCACCACCGAAGUCAACACCGAAGUCACUGAACGUACUAAACGGAGUAUCAGUAUUACAGACGAUGAAGAGGAUCCCAACCCAUCCUCUCAGCCAUUGAAUGGUAACACUUCUGGAGCUCGAGCUUCGAAUUCUUCGACAUCGUCUCCGAUAUACCCGUUAAACCGUAUCCGUCGGGCGACUGGACUUAUAUUCAAGCGCAUAGCACUCGCCGACUUUGACUCGGAUUCUUCAACGAGUAGUUGUGAUCACGAAAUGGUGAGUACAGUCUCUGGCGAUGAGACCAGAGCUGAUGAACACGAAGAGGUGAAGAAGAAAGUGGUGGAAGAGGACAAAGAGAGCUAUUCAUAUUUGAUGCGUCAAAGCGUUAAUCGAUUGCCACUUCCG